GCCCCUUGCUUUAGAGCUGGGUGGAAGGAAGCGUGCAAGUCUUGGACCCAGGGCCCUGCUGUUGCCCUAGCUGUCCCUGCUGACCUGAAUGACGGAAGGCGGCCUGCCAGCUGGGUGCGUGGCUGCACCCUGCAGCUCAGGGGCGCGGGGGCUGUGCCCGUGGGCGCUGAGGGCACUGUGGGCGGCAGCUGUUCCGAUUGGCCAGAGGGAGCGCCAGCCGGAGAGGCCGGAGCUCUCCCCCAUCAGCUCUGCCUUCGCCCGGGACUUGCAGCUGCACCUUGGGCCGCUUCCAGCCAUGAAGCUCCUCUUGCUGACUGUGACUGCCCUGCUGCUCCUGUCCCAGCUCCCGCCAGGUGGCACCCAAAAAUGCUGGAAUCUUCUUGGCAAAUGCCGCAGCACGUGCUUCAAGAAAGAAAAGAUCUAUGUUUACUGCACAAAUAAUAAACCGUGCUGUGUGAAGCCCAAGUAUCAGCCAAAACAACAGCCCUGGUUAUUCUGAGUUCUCUGAAGCCUAAAGCCAUAAAAAUGCACAUGAUGCUAUUCUGAGUUUGAACCCUAAGGAUUCCUGAAUUCUAUCAAUAAACACCUCCGGCUAAUUCCUGUGUUAGCCCAUCAGUUUACCUUGCCCCUUCCCUGUAUCACAAUACCUGUUAAUAUUUCAAACAAAAGCCAUAGAUCCUCCCUCCCCACAACUGGUGGAUGGAGUUAUGACAUAACCGGCAUCUGCGCGGGACAUCCCUGAGACAUUGAACCACCAAUCAGCGUGUGCCGAGUGCCCUGGGCCCAACCCCUUCCUGUUCCUCCCUUUAAAAGGCGUCUUCACCUCUGCAGGGGUUGCUGCCUCUCCAGUCUGCAGAGGCAGUUCGGCUAGGUCCCUCCUAUUCCUUCUCCUCUAAUCCUGGUCUUUCUACCCUCCUCCUCUAUAAUGAAUCUUGCUCAUUAGUGCGGAAUAAACUUCCUCCUUUAACA